AUGAUGCCUCAUCCCACCUUCCAAUCUGAGGACUCUACCUCACAUUUCGUCGAUGGCUAUUUCCCUCCUCAACCACCGCCACUGAUGGCUGUCGACACCGAAACCAUCACCAAGCUGAUCCAACAAUUGGAAGCUGAUAGGAAAGCAUACCUCUCUACCUUUGAAAAGGUCCACGAAACUCUCGCACAGGUUUUGACUUCCCAGCCUGAUGGUCUAGCUGACAUCCGGCCUGGCAUUUCCCACCGGCCAACCGUCUCCUCAUUUGGAUCUCUAGUGGUAACCAAGGCUGAACAGCCGCCGUCUUCUCCCAAAAUCCCCCCAAGUACAAUAAGUCGUCGAACAAACCCGAGCAACCGUCCCUUGGAUAAAGACGACCCACGAAAGGAAUCCAUCUGGAGUGCUGAUGAUAGUUCUGACAGCGACGAUGAUGAAUCCUACUUUGCACAAGAAACCCUUCCCUCCAAGGAAUUUACUGAAGAUGACUUGAUCCAACAUCUCAUGAGCCAUGAUUGGGACAAGUAUAGCAUGUUCAUCUUGCAGGAUCUCCUUCGAAAUAUCAACCAAUUUGGAAAUGGCAUCUUCAACAAAGACCGCCAGGCACAUCAGCUUGAUGCUAGCCAUGACCAUGCCGAUAUUUAUCAUGUGGGAACAGAUGGUGCCCCUCUUCGAUACAGCAAGAGUGGCACUGAUGAUGGACCUCUCGCCACGUGGGAGGCACUGAGAUCUAUCAAUAUCGAUCCGUCAAGAAAGCAAGCCGUUGGUCGAAUCAUCACCAUGAGAGAACCGCCACCGAGUUUGUUGGCUGGUCUUCAUCUUACUAUGAACGAGUAUUUCGAUAUGGACUCAAUUUAUCGUUUACUUAUCAAUGAUGAUACUCCAACCAAAAUGAUCACCAAAGGUUAUUUGAAGAAGGACCAUCGCCGUCAAAGGUCGAUCGUAUUCGUCUUCAAAUAUCACACCAUCGUUGGUGAGGGUCGUGCUCCACUACCAUGGCAGAGCCACGAUGAUGCACUAUCGGAACCUAAAGAAGGUCAUAUUCCCCUGUCAACAUGUUCUGCCGUGGUGGCUUUGUCCUUGAAUGGACGCCCCAGUCAUACUCUCCGUCGCAAUUCUCGCAAGACCAAGUCGAUCGUCGGCCACAUUUACGACCCCUUUGCCCCAUGGCACGUACUAUCCAUCCAAGCUUUUCCAGACUGGAAAUCCAGUGUUGACGCUCACAACACCUCUCAUCAUUAUGUGAAUGGCCCUGAUGCCUUCCUAGGUGCAGUCCUGGCGGAAUAUCGAGAUGCAAUCAAGAGAUUCAAGGAAGUUCACAGACAGAUCAUCAUGCUGGCCUCGCCACCUAACAAGUCCAUCUUUGAUAGUGCCCUGAGAGAUGAAUUGCUUUUCGAGAACGACAAGUUCUCCUACUCUCGACGAUACUUCUGGGCUUCACAAGCCAUCGGAGUGCUUGUCACUGAAAUCAAGGCCAUGAUCUUGGCAUAUAAAGAGACCUUCAAUGAGGAGUUCUGGACAGGUGAACACAAGACACUCUUCCCAGGAACACAAGAUCAAUCUGCCCGGUACAAAAACUGGCGAAAGAAGCUACAGCACACCCGCAAGUUGUUCGAGAAGGAAAUUGCACUUCUGACCGAAGUAAUGCACAUGUAUCAACAUCAACAGAAGGAAAUCAAAGGCCUUCGAGAAUGGCUCUUCAGCGGAACAUCCGUGUUGGAGAGUCGUGAGGCGGUCAACCAAGCUAAGAUCACGGUGGAGCAGGGAUACAAUAUUCGUCUCUUGACCUUUGUUACCAUGUUUUUUCUUCCUCUCACCUUCGUCACUUCGAUUUUUGGCAUGACAAACAUGCCUCCAGAAGAUUCAUUCCUACCAUUUGCGUUGACUUCGGUAGGAAUCUGUGUUCCUACUUAUUUUAUUAUCCUCGUCGUCAACAAUGUUGACAAAGUGAGACGAUGGAUCACAAACCUGGAAUUAUUUUUCACCCAUAUGAUAUCAUGUGCCGUUCCGGAUAAAGCCGAGAAGAUGAAGAAGAAUCUACACGAACAACGAGAAAAGCAGGUCAUUCUCAAAGAAGGCCCAUGA